AUGUUUAGUGGAACAUCAAAACCCACCGAACAGAUUAGUAACGUUCAUUUUAACUGGCUGACCUCAUUAUCUUAUGACCCUGUCACUAAUUCACUUUAUUUCUCCGAUCAUUUGGCACGUGCCUCUGAUGAUGAAAAAAAUGGAGUCAUUGGACUUAUUCACCUUGAAACACUAACUAAUCACAAUAUCUAUAUUUUCAACAAUUUGGAAAACAUCUCAAGCAUUUCUGUCGAUUAUAUAAACAGAAACAUUUAUUGGAUAGAAAAUGAAGACUCCAUCUGGAUUGGAAAUUUGAAUAAUGGAAAAAAAAUUAAACUCAUCUCCUUGAACAAUAGUAAAUCUGCAAUAAAGAUGAAAAAAUAUAAAAUGGCCUUGACUUCUUUGGUCGUCGAUCCAGUCAAAAGACGAAUGUUUUAUUCCCAAUGUAAUAUGGACCCAUUCUCACCAUCCCAAAACGGAUUAAUCUCAUGCGAUUUGUCGGGCAUGAACUGCUUGAAUUCAUUAGAAUCAUUCCAAGUAUAUCUAAAUAAAAGAUAUUGUAUCAGUAGAAUUGCUAUUAACACUAACAAUGAAAAAAUGAGCUUUAUUGAAGAUGUCAGUGGGAAAAUAUUUAGUGGAAAAAUUGAGAGUUCAACAUACGAAAAUAAUAAGUACAGUAAUGACGAUAACGAUGAUAAAAUGAUGCCUGCCGGCGGUGAUGUAAACAAAAUUUGGACAGGAAUAAUACGGCACGUGCGUGGCUAUAAAGAGGAUUUACGUGCACACGCAAUUUCUUACAUGCGCAACCAACUCACAUGGAUCAACGAAGAUCACAAACUUUAUUACAUGCCAGACGACUUUUCUGUCAAAAACAUUUCACUUGAAAAUGGGACUAAGUAUUUUACCAUGGUUACCGCCGAUGGGCUUAAUAAAGAUAACAUUAAGAGCAUUUGUACGUCAACAAAACCGUUAUGUAGUGACAUAUGUGUGAUCAAUUUGAUGGGCAGACGUUCUUGUUUGUGUCCUCAAGGAUUUCUAUUGCGAUACGAUUACUUAUGUAUAAAAGAUGAUUCUCCAUGUUUCUAUCGACAUAAUGGUCAAUUGACUCCAGUGUGUAGCGAUAUUUGUAAAAUAUCCAACGAAAAUCAUUUUGAAUGUACAUGCAGAUCUGGAAGAAAGUUAUUGGAAGAUAAAAGAAGUUGUACAGCUGAUGUUCAUGCUCCCAUCGUUUAUUUGGGAAGCAAAAAAACAUUGACUCGGUUAAUGGAUAACAGAGCAGAAAUUUGCGAGGAAUUAGAGUUCAACUGGUUAACAUCUUUGUCCUUCGACCCUAUUACAUUUUCUGUUUUUUUCUCCGAUCGCCUAGAAAACGAUAAUUCAAAUAAAAAUAAAUUAAUCCAUUACGAAAUAAAUGAUUACAACAUCAACAAUGACAAUAAUGGCAAUGAACUUUCCUACGCCGAUGAACACGGAAAUGACGUAAUCGGUCUCAUUCACAUGGAAACAUUAACCAAGUAA